UGUGUAAAAUGUCAAAAUCAAAAAUGUCAACAACAUCUGAGCCACAAUCGCUGCAUGUUGCAAAAAAUACCUAGUUUUCUUAAAAAUGUCGCGCGAUAAGAGCGUGUGGUUCGCGGAGGAAAUAUUAUUAGACGCUAAACUUAUCAAUUUCCAGCUGGAGACAGGAGAAUGGGAUGCGGUUGAAGAAAUGUUACGUGCCGAAGCGCAGCUCUCUAAGGAUGCUGAAACGGGGCGAUUACGGCCGAAAAAGGCGUCAGAGUACACUUUGCGGCUCAUAGCUGAAGUUCUACAUAUAAUGAGGUUAGAUGUGGAGCAGGCAUCGUACAACCGCAGUACCCUCGCCGUCGCCGAGCAGUGUCUUCGUCUUGUGCGGUCGUGCGCCGCCGCCGGCACUAAAAUGCAAACAUACAUCUCUAAAGAGCUCUCCAUACUCGACUCCAUGCUCAUCUUAGCUACAGAGUACCAACACCCUAGUGUAGAACUAUUAAAUGAAGAGAUACAGAAAAAAUAUGAGUCCUGCAUGACAGUUCUUGUUCAAACACUAGGCAAUCUUGUAGUCAACAACCCAUUCAACCAGAUUAUGAUCUGGAACAAGUUUGAUGCUAUAAUCCUAAACAGCCUAAUAGGCCAAAAUGAUAAAAUUGCUUCUGCCGCUGCUAUGAUUGUUUACAACAUUCUGUUGGGCCAACCAAAUGUAUUGCCAGAGGAUGUGUCUCUGUUAAACUCUCUAGCUUACAUGUAUAAUAAUGGCAACACUGAAUACCCACAUUUGAUAAUUGAAUACUUAAUUGGAGUAGAAAAUACAUAUAUUGAAAAGUUGUAUUCAAAAAUGGAACCAGAAAGCAGGAUGCUGGUAUUGAAUCUUGCUUACAAUAUUCUAAUGUCAACAGAGUCACAAGAUAUUAAUGUUUCUGUGAAUUUUGUUAAGUUUAUGGCACAUGAAUUUAAAAAUAAAUCAGAUUGUAUUCUGAAGACUGUGGACAAGUAUGUGAAUACCAUAGAACCACAGGAGGUGGUGUUUUUACUGGACAUCAUAGCCACUGCAUCCAGUAUGGAUGCGUACAUGGACUGUCUACAGGGUGAUACUUCUUUGUUUAUAAAUUGUGCAUUCCUUCUUCGCGCCAUUCACAAGCUAGGGAAGGAGAGUAGCAACUUCUUCUCGUCACUGAACAAAUUGUACGCCGCGACGGGCAAGCAGCUGAUCAAUGAUGAAAACAUGCAGGCUAUGGUGCCCACUGAGAGUAAGUAUCCUCUCACUAAAAACGAUUCUGCAGACAACAUGCUCUCUUGCAACGAAACGACGUCCGAAUGCACAGAAUCGGAAAGCAGCGAGCAAUAUUUCGAAUGUAACGAAAACCUCAACUAUUUAGAGCGACUUGAGACAAUCAACACAAUAGAGACGUUGCAGCAACCGCUCAAAUUCAUCGAGGCUACGCCGGAGAGUCGCGGAAACAGUGCUGAGAGAACAAAUGUGAAGAUUGAUAACGACUUGACCAAAGUCGCGUUUAAAAGAAGCAGCUCAGUUCCGAAGGGAGACGAUCGAGUGCAACCUCUACCUACCAGGAGGAUAAGCCUGGAACACAAGAUUGACAUCGGCGAUGACAUCGAACCACCACUGAUUAUCGAUUCCACCUCGCCCAACGGCAGCAUGAACACGAUCGCUGAAGUCAUACCAGUCGGUCUGCAUCCAAGACUUGAACUACAGGGAUCCAGCAGAACAGAGUCACAGGAUAGUUCUCCCAACGAUCCUCCAACAGAAAUUCAUCUGUCAAAAGAAGAAAAUAAAGAAGUCAAAGCUUCGCCCAGCGAAAUAUCACCUCCGUUAAGUGAAGUGCUGAAUCCCGAAACUGAAUCACAGAAACAGUCCCCCGAUGCUCAAAAAGAAGUGAAGAAAAGUCAGAAUUUGUCAACGGACUUUGAUUUGAGCGAGCAGUUGCAAAAGAUUCUCGGUAUAUCAGCGGAGAAGACUAGAGGAGAUGUGGAGAAGAAGAGUGAGCCGGCGAAGGAAGUGAAGAUGUCAGAAGAGACCGUCACGAAUAAGGUGCCGACGGUGAAAAUAGAUUCGCCCGAGGCCCAGAAGACGAGGCUCGGCGCGAUAGACAUGACGACGAGCAAGAAGGCGGUGACGAGUGUAGAGACGGUGGAGCGGCACGUGGCGUUCGGGUUCAAGGCGUCCCUCGUGCGGACGCUCGGCAACCUGUGCUGGAAGAACCAGGAGAAUAAGAGACAGAUCCGUGAACUAGAGGUGAUUCCUGUAUUACUAGACUGCUGUAAUAUCGACGCUCGCAAUCCACUUAUUAUGCAAUGGGUGAUCUUUGCUGUCCGUAACCUCUGUGAGAACUGUCCGGAAAAUCAGGAGGUGAUAUCAAAAAUGACGCUACAAGGACCUGUCGACAACGAAGUCCUGCAAGAAAUGGGACUCACUCUCCACACAGACGCUCAGGGCAACAGCAUCAAAGUUGCACCUCUACCAAGAACUUAAACUAGAAGCAAAAUAUAAUGGUACAUGCAUGUAUUAAAAACCUAUUGUAUGCUCGCCAAACAAUAAAUAAAAGACGUAUAACGCAAGAUUA